CUCUCCGUGGCGGGCACCGCUCCAUCGUUCACCAUGUACCAUUCCAUUCAUAAAAGUUUCUGGACCCAAGUGAUCACAAAUCACCAUUAAAUCCAGUGUAAUUCAAAAUCACCCAAAACAUCCAUCAGCAUUCAAUCCACUCUCUCCAAUUCCGAUCUCAUGUGCCGAGUGAUUUUUCCUCAAAUCAUCAAACGAUACUUCACUGCUGACUACUUGCUGCUGGAGGAAAUCAUCUGGAUAAGUUAAUCAUCUGUAAUUACCCGAGGGAUCGACGGAAUUUAACGAUGGGAAAGACCAUUGAGUAGAUUUUUAACGAGCAAAUGAGAUCGCGGAAAUGGGAAAGAAGGGAAUGGGAAAGAAAGAUACCUAGUGAUUCCUCAAUAUCGAUGAGCAAUACAUAGUUUUGCGAUUGGAAAUAAGGAAGUAGUAGUAGACCCGUUCCAGGGCAACAGCUGUUUAUGUUCCUCGACCGAGAAACACGCCCACAGUUGAUCACUGACGACUUUCGAUGGAAGAAAGUUUUACGGCAGUUCUGGAAAUAAAUUAACGAAUGAAUUUCUAGUGAAUAUCAAUGGUAUCCAAGAGAAGAGGAAGAUAAAAGGGAGAUUCCUCGUCGUACCAUCUAGAAAUAUCGACUGGAUUUUGAGUAAUGAAAUAGUAAAAGACCACGAGAACUUCGAAUCAUGCCACUGAUUAGAAAAUUUUUCUCAACAUGCAAUACAGAUAGUGCAACUGAUUGGUGUUGAAAGAUGGGAGCAAUGGACCGGUGGAAUGAGUCGUGCAGUUUUUCAACGAUGAACGAAAAAGGGACAAUGAAACAUUUCAAGUGUGUUCACUGUGAUUGAGAGUACUACUUAUUUUCCCCCUUCUCCUCUUCAAGUGUAAUUUGGAUACUGUGAUAAACCGAAGGCAUCAUACGAAGGAGACGGAAAUUAUCGGCAAAAUCGAGGGGAUCAAUUAUUCUGUGGCCAUUUACAGAAAAGAAGGAACGAGCCGAAUACUGCCCCUAGCCAUGAACCUCGCGCUGCACGGAUUUCUACUGCAGGUUAUCUUGUCGAUUAUCGACUUUAAAUAUGGAUUGUGCAGCGCGGGGGAACCUGGAUACUUGGACUUUGACAAUCUCCCGGAGACGAAUUUCUCGUGCCAGGGCAAGGUCAUCGGUGGAUACUAUGCUGAUGUCGAGGCCGGCUGUCAGAUGUUCCAUGUGUGCACCAUCGGCCAGAAAGAUGUCAUUUCAGAUGAGAUAAUGGACAUUAAGUUUCUAUGUCUGAAUGGUACGGUCUUCGAUCAGGAAACGAGGGUUUGCGAACGAGUGGAUGAAGUCGACUGCAGCAAGAGCGAGAGAUUUUAUAAUCUCAAUCUUGAAUUGUACGGCAACAACGCGGUGACACUAAGUCUCCACGAAGAAGUGAACGAUGACGAGCCUCCAACUCUGAUCGACAAUCUCCACCAGACGACAUCAGCUAGACCAGUAACGACGACCAUGAGUACAACAACAACUCCAAUACCCGUCCUGUCCUCUACUACCUCGGCAAGUUAUCCUCAGCAUCAGCACUCGAGUGGUGGUUAUCCUCAGCACUUUCAAAGUCAACCGCCGUUUCCAUCCGUCCAAACUAGUCAGUCCAAGUCACGCUACGACGACAAGAAUGGUGGUUAUCAUCGUCAAUAUAUUUAUCACAACGGUGGUCAGGAUGACGAGCAGAACGACGGAACAACUCACGACAAUCAAGCGACUUCUUAUCAAUUAUUCAGUAAUCAGGGAGGAAGUUCGACGACACCGGCUCCCCAGAUCCAUCAGAUAUCCACAGUAUCUCCAUUAUUCCACGCUACCUCUCCAACAAUUCAAACUCUGCUCACUGGAAAUGCCAACAAUCCCUCCCUGAUAAAUCCCCUAUUCCACAAUCACGGAAUUAUCAGUACAACUGAACAAUUCACUGUGCACAGUAGUAAUACCAGGGAUACGGCUGACUAUCAAAGGAAUAAUGCUGAUAUUUCUAAGACGGGUGGUAUUGAACGUACAUUUUUGGAGCCAAUACAAUCGACUAAUCAAGGAAAAGUCUCAAAGUUGACGAUAUCACCAGUACCUCAAGACACUUCUGACAAAAAACCCAAGAUCAAGACAGAAACCCAGACGAACUCCCAACAGCACAGAGUCUCGGAGAGUUUCGUGUCCAUUCCUCCAUCUGACACUGGCCCACCAACAGUCAGAUCGUUCUAUCCCACCCCGAAAUCCAAAUCAGAAACCUCCACUACCCGAAUCACUCAGCACAUACAUUUGCCUCCUCCACCACCGAUUCCGCAAUUGAAGCCUCAUCAAGUGACAAUUCAUCUGUCCCCUCCGGAGAUACAGAGAUUAGUGCAGAAUCCCUCACCUCUUCUUCCAUCUCAGUCGAGAGUGAUAGUCACAGCUAAAGCGAGUGUCAGUGACGAAUCUGGAAGACCUCUCAAUACCACUCAAUUAGUCACACUUCCACUUCCAACUAUUCCAGCGAGUUACGAUGAUUACAAAGAAGGAGAUGAGUCAUUUGAUCCGUUCUACCGAGAUGUUCCUAAGAUCAGGAAUAGCAGAAAGUCUGGUGGUAGAUUCGGGAUAUUGGUGGAUCACCAGAGGAAGAAAAGACAAGUGGAUGGUGAUCUUGAGGAAAAGGGCGAAGCCCAGGGUGACGACAUUGCACUGGAUGAUGAGAAAUUAUAUGAAGACUACGACGAGGGCACAACAAUUGCUUCCGUGGAUUCAGCAGAGUCCUCAAAUGUAACUAAUGAGGAAAAUCGAAGUGAUAUGCAGGGGAAAUCUGAUGAAAGCUCAACGCUGGAGGAGGAAUAUGAUGAGGAUUAUUAUGAUUCUCAGAGGCCUACUGAGUUCAAUGUUAUUGGAAGGAUUAACGACACGGGAGUAGAGUCGCAGGAAUUUUCACCAGACGCUGAUUAUCGUUACAAAGAUUAUUCACUCGCCUCGCAAGGUGAUGAUGAUAAGAACUCAACGUCUGCUGACUACCAGGAUGAUUCAGAUUACUUAACAAUUACAGAAGAGCCAAAGACUGCUGUAACGAUGGAAGAUCCGACGACAACAGAGCAAGUGGAAAUAACAACGGUAUCGGAGGCAAAUGAGAGUAACAAAACGGCAGAGGAUACGGUCCUCAAAUUUACACAGGAAAUUCCGCAAACCGAGCAGGAGGACAUAGUGGAAGAUCCUAAGGUCGUGUUACUCGAUAUUCCUCAGGACACGUCUCAAGAUUACGUUGAUGAUAAUUACGAGCCGGAAAGUUACAAAGAAAUGGUGGAAUCUGAGACGAUAAAUCCAAUCGAUAAGGAAAAUACAACGGAAAGUGUUGUUGAAGCGUUGAUUGAAAAUGUGACAGAAACAUUGAUCAUCAGCACUGAAAUUCCUGAAACAACUGUCAGUGAAAACAUCGGUACGACUUUACCGACGACUUUGUCGACACCGAUUGAUGUAAUUACGACGAGUUCUUCUAUUACGACUUCGGCUACUACUAUGUCUUCUACUACGACCUCUUCUACUACGCCUUCCUCUACUACAACUGCCGCCACUACAACUUCCUCUACUACAAUUUCCUCUACUGCAAUACCUACCACAACUCCUAUCACAACUUCCUCUUCAACAACUGCUGCACCGAUCACACGCAGGCGUUACACAACCAUUUCCACAACGACAUACCGCCCAACACCUCCGAAACUGAAAAAUUUCUCAACACGAAAGACCUAUGUCUACAGUCCACCAACAACCACUCCAAUUCCAGUGAUAAUAAAAAUGAGACUUCCGCUAUUGAAUCCGAAACCCGCUAAACCCCCACGAUCUUACAAUGAAUUGGCACCCAAACCAGUGAUAAGAAAACGUCCAUUACUGGCACGACGAGUAUCAACUACUCAAGUGGUUCAGCAAGAUAUUGGAGAACCUGAGGAAAUAACGACGACGACAACGUCGACGACCUCGACGACGAUAUCCGAUUUGAAUCUAAAAGGCACCACAGAAAAGACGUCUGAUGGUCUAUCUGAGAAAUUAUUAGAGAGGAUUUCCGAAGCCGUGGGACAGGAAAUUAUCGAGCAAAUCAAUGAUCUGACGACUACAACUUCGCAUUCAAAGGAUUUUGUUGACAGGGCUGAGGAGAGUGUGACAAAUUCUGGCCCAGUGGAAACAGUUCUAGAACCGUUCUAUCAAGAAAGAGAAGAAAGUAGAAAUGAUGUGACGACUGAAAGUACGAGUGAAUCCACUGAUAGUAACACAACUCCAAUUAUUAACUUGACAACGAGUCUGGCAACAGUGACGUCUUCACAAAUCGCCUCAGUAUUACCCGUUGAUCGCAAACCAAUGGUAACAUACAAACGUGUAAAUGGCUUCAAUUGCCUUGAGAAGGAGAUGUACAGAUUUUACGCGGAUAAAAGAGACUGCCGAUUAUUUCACUAUUGCUCACCAGGAUUUACAGACAGACAGGUUCUCGAUUUUCGAUUUGUGUGCGAGGAAGGCACAAUUUUUGAUGAGGACACACAGAGUUGCCUUCACGACGUGAAAAAUGCCAAGUGCCGAGAGAAAACCUGAUAAACUGGGAAUCAGUAGAUUUUUACUAUUUUUAUUGUAAUGAUUAGUUGAUUUGCCUCUCAUUUUUCUACCAAAUGAACGCUAUUAUUUAGAAUGAAUUUUUUGCUAACUCUCGUUCUCCGAAAGUGCUUCCUUGAUUUUGGUAAUUCGUGAAUCCUGAGAAACUUAGAAAUUUAUCAAGUAAUUAUCUGAGUUUAUAUUUAUGUUUCUAUAUUUUUCUUCAUUAAUCUAUCAAUUACUUUUAUUUUGCCAUAACAAUUUGUAUGUCAGUGUGUGUAUGACAAUGAAUGAUUCAAAUGUUUCUAUUGCGUAUUGGAUUCACACUUAUUAAAAUUAAUGCAUUUCGGAGAACAACUCAUGAGAAAUUCACUUUGUCUAGUUGUACGAUCAUUUGACAUCUGUUACUUCCCUCUUUUUCAUGUUUCAACGAUUGAUCGAGUGUCUUAUAUAUUUACGAAAGGUGAUUGAAUACUUAUUGCUCAAAAUUGUAUUGAGAUUUCUUAAGAGUGAUACAUCUACACGGUGAUUUCGCAGGGAAACCAUUCAACUGUUCGAAAUAAUUGAUCUAAUCAAUUGAAAAUUAAAAUCACAGUUGAAACUCUCUGCAACAGCUGACGAACGUCAGAUAUAUUCAUCGUAGCUACUACUGUACCCUUAGUUCAUCAAUUUUUCACGGUUUUUUUUGGCGGCACGAAUUUUUUAUCUCCAGACAAUCCUAACAAAUUGAUUUUUUUAAAUGAAUAAACGCGUGUCGGAUAUUUUUCAUGAAAUCUUUACACUCUGUCGUUUUAGCCGAUGAAAUUACACAACCGUUUAAUUAAAGAUUUGUACAAAGGUUUACUGUUUAAUUGGAACCGUGUUCUUUAUUGUUUAGAUUGAAUAAAUUUGAAUAUUU